AUGCCAACUCGUUCGCUGCUGGAUGCUAUGCGCUCGGAUGUUGGGUCUGGAAGACGCCACCUUCAAACCACCCUUCAAGAGGCUCAAUCUGCAGUUGCCAGAGACGAUUGUCUGAGUUUGAAACCGCUGCUAGCACUACCAAGUGGAGAAGGCGAGGGUACAAUCACAGAGAUGGAGUUUGUCAAUCCGUCGAUGGAGGAGAAUCUCCUUCAUGUACGUUGCUUACGCUUAGCCCAAAGUCUUGUGCAUUGUGGCGUCUGUUUGGAUUGGUUGGUGUCAAGUGUCAUGCAUCUGACAGCCUACACAUUGGUUUAG